AUGGAAAUUAACUUCCAAAAACAUCAACAAAAAGAAGCAAUUUCAACAAAAUUCAAAGGGCGAAAACGAAGCAAAGGGCCUAAUAGUUUUGUUGGUGUAAGACAAAGGCCAUCAGGAAAAUGGAUAGCUGAGAUUAAAGACACAACACAAAAGAUAAGAAUGUGGCUUGGAACUUAUGAAACUGCUGAAGAAGCUGCUCGUGCUUACGAUCAAGCUGCUGUUCUUCUUCGUGGAUCAAACACACGAACAAACUUUCUUACAACUCGUGUUUCUCAUGAUUCUCCUCUUGCUUCACGCAUUAGAAAUCUUCUCAACAUCAAGAAAACCGCGAAUGAGAAAAGCCUGGACUGCUUACCUGAUUCCACAAGUAGUAGUAGUACUAAUCCAAUUUCAAGUGAAAAUGCAGAAAAGAGCAAUCUUUAUGAAAAAUUACUUUCUCAUGAUCACGAAAGUCAAUUUUUCGACAGCAACUCUGUUCAAAGUAACACUACUAGUGUGACUAGUUUAAACACCAGCAACUUUUCUGAUCCAAUGUCAAGUGAAAAUGCAAAAAAUAGCUAUACUUAUGAAACACUCCUUUCUUACGACAACAGUAUAAUCCCACAAGUGGGGUCUGGGGAGGAUAGUGCGUACACAGAUACUACCCCUAUGUUGGGAGGCAGAGAGAUUGUUUCCAAUAAUAGAGAUACAGUACUUUCUUGUGAUCGAGAAAAUCAACCAAUUUUCAACAGUAACAACAUCAACAAUUGUGAUGAUCCAAUUUCUAUUGAAAAUUCAAAAAGAUGCAAUCUUUACGAAACUUGUUACAACAACAUACUCGGUGUAAUCCCACAGGAUCAAGAAAGUAGAGUUUUUGAUGAUUUUAAGGCUGAUUUAGACAUAAUAAGCACAUCAUCAUUAUUAUCAUGGGAUUUGGAAGAAUUGUUAGAUAUUCCUUUAACAGAAUUUGAGGUAAUGAAAGUGGAAAGACAGAUAUCAGCAUCACUUUAUGCAGUGAAUGGUGUUCAAGAUUACAUGCAAAUUGUACAUCAUCAUCCCUUUUCUUAUUAUUGGUAA